GGGGAGCGCAGUGUGCGAUCGCCGUUCGAGCGGUUAAGAUUAUGUUUAGAGUUUGUUUCGCGAGACGUCUCGGUGUUACUCGCGCUUGAGUAUAAUUGAUAACGUACGUUCCUUCUUUUUUUCUUCCCCCCUUUCUUUUUUCUUCUUUUCUCUUUCUAUUUCUCUAUAUCGAAUAACCUAUCUAGGAUAAAAAAAAAAAAAGAAGGGAUAUAAACGCGAAGGGUUGACGAGAUUAAUAUAAUUACCGGAUGAUAUGCUACCAAAUAGAAGAUAGUGGUGUGUUCAGGCGAUCCACCAAGAUGAUUAUCAUCUCGAUGACACUUUUAACUUAAAGUGUAAGACCGAAAUAAAAAUAACGAAAGAAAGAGAAAAAGAGAAAAAGAGAAGGAGAGGGGGAGAGAAAGAGAGAGAAAGAGAGAAAAUAAGACAAUAUAACAAAGAUCGAAGAAAAACGAAAGGAAAGGAGGCUUAGAAGACCGUCGUCACGGUCUUCCUAAGAAAUGGGCAAGAAGGGCUCCAAGCGGAAGACCCGAUGGAGAACCCUGAGCAUUGGUGCUCCACCAGGAGAGGAGGACGAAGAAGAAGGCUUGCGAAACGGAUACGUAAAAGGUCAGCAAAAUGACACGAGCCCUCAUAACUUUGAUCGAAAUGGACAGGCUGAAUAUAAACCACGAAGAAGCGUUGUUGGAUUCAGUGGUAGCAGUAAUUAUGCGAGUGGAACAUCGAGAUCGAGGAGAGACGAAUCGACAGGUUCUCUUUCCCAACCUAAAAUUAUAUUCAAUGAGGACGAAUAUACGAGGAUUACGACACCUAGACAAGAUGUUCUCUUCAAGAAGGGUUAUUUGUCCCGUAAAAAACCAUGGGCUAGUAAUACUAGUACCAGUGCUACACCAUCAACCACUGAGAGUCAGUCAGCCUCGCAUUCAACCGCAGGUAGAGGUAUAGAUGGCAGCGAAACAACAGAGGAUCAACAAUUAUUGGAUAGGGAUAGCACAGUUGGAGAAUAUCCUCCAGCAAUUGAUCCGACAGCGCAAAUUAGUUAUGGAACAUUUUAUGAUCAUGCCAGUGGUUAUUAUUACGAAUAUCCGAUGAUGUUGGUUGGACCUGCACCAAUUCCUGCCCAAAUUGGACCUAGCGUCCUUGCGGCUCUCCCAUGUGGUUCGGUACCUUUAAGACCAAUAGAAUGGAUCAAUCCAGCUUUUGUACCAAAACUAUCUGGACAAUCUUAUUGCUUGAUGGACUCCAAUGAGAUUCAUUAUCAGAGUGGUCAAAGUACAGAAAGUCAUGCGGUAGUAACGGAAGAACAUAAUAAUGCUUCAGUACCAGUGGAAAAUUCUAAUGGUGUUUGGAAUGAAAAUGGUACAGGAAGUGCAAGUUGCAAUGGAAGCAUUGCUGAGGAAGUCGAAGAACAAAAAGUAGAAGGAACUAAUGUGAUAAAAGGAGAAAUCGUCAAAGAGGAUAAUCGAACGGAAGAGUUUUAUGGUGUAGUGGAUCAAUGUCCAAUGAUAGAAGAAAAUAAUGAUGGAAGUCGUGCUCCUUAUCUCGAGCCAAUUGUGAUGCAACAACCACCUAUACACCACGUGCCACAUGUGAUACCAGCCAUACCACAGCCAUAUAUGUAUCCUGGUCACUACAUGUUCGGUCCACCACUGGUCAACAUUAAUGGUGUAACCAUACAAGGAGGACCAAUGAUCAGAACCACCGAUAUUACAACAAUGAUGGGAACGUACACCAAAAGAAGGAAGAAGAAAAAGAGUAGAAAGCAAAGAAGACUCGCGUUGGUUAACGCGGAAGACGACGAUGAGGAAUACAGUUCCGAAGGAGAAAAUGGUUUAUCGUCUUCCCGGACAUCUUGGUCUACUACGUGUCCAGCUUUGGUUACAACAAUAACAACAACGAUGACGACGACGACGACGACGACAACGACGGAGAUCGAGACGGCAACUACGACGACCACGACAAUGACGAAUCGACCUCUUAAUCCUGAGUGCGAAGAAUUUCAACUUCGUCCGGUUGUCGAACGUGCUGUUUCACUUGCGAUAUCAUCAUUGCCAUCACCAUCACCAUCACCAUCACCACCACCACCACCACCACCACCACCACAACAACAACAACAACAACAACAACAACAACAACAACAACAACAACAACAACCACAAGCGCAACAGCAGCAGCAUACUUUUGAAGAAACCGAUCAGUUACUUCGAACGAGUACAUUUACAGAAGAAAUACAUGAGAAUGGUAAUGAUACUUCUUGUGAAACGAAGUAUUAUAAUACUUCCUGUAAAGAUACGAAUAACAAAGAACAGGAAACGACGACAUUAAAUGAAAUAUACGAUUCGAAUAUGGAAUCAUUCAUGGAAGAUUUGUUGUCUUCGGCGUCAUCGUCAUCGUCGUCGUCGUCGUCGAACAAACAAGUUGACUCUUUGACUAAUCCAGAGAAUAGACUGACCGACUACCUCUCUGAUAACAAAACAGUCAACUCAACGAAAGAGGAGACUACAGACUACGUAAUUAAUGACGCAAGGACUGAAAGUAAAGCGUCGCAAAGGACUGAUAUUAAAGAUGUUGCUAAUAAUUCGUUCAGUGCCAAUGAAAAAAUAUGCGAACGAUCUACUAGCGACGUUAAUAAAUUUUCAUCUAUAUUAUACGCGGAACGUGACAAGGAUAUAUUAAUAAAUGGACAAAGAGGUACGGAUGAAGAUAAUGACGAUACGGAAAUGAUGAAAAUUUCAUCUUUAGAAAAUUAUACAUUACUUUCUGAAAAAGUAAUAUUAUCGCAGCCAUCAUCAUCAUCGUCGUCCUCGUCCUCAUCGUCAUCAUCGUCAUCGUCAUCAUCGUCAUCAUCAUCGUCAUCAUCGAGAUUGUCCAGAGAAUUGGAUCUCGAGGAAGAAAUGAUAAUAACUAGCAAUCUGAAUACUCGACAGAAGGAAGAAGAAGAAGAAAAAACUUCUGAAUCGUUUGAUACAAAGGGAACAAAAACGAUAUUAUUUUCGAAGAAGUACAAUUCGAAGGAUACAAAGUUUUUGAGAGAAACAACACCUGUUCUAAACUUAAAUGAGAGUAAUAAUGCAAUAGUCGAAUCCAAUGAAAAUGUAACAAAUGAAAUUGAGAAGGCACAAACGAAGAAAGUUACAUUAACGAUCGAAUUGGAAUCCGUGUCUAUUGUUGAAAAAAAUGAUAAAAUCGAAAUGGAAGAUCGAGUUUCGAAUGAGUCCGUAUUUGAGACUGCGAGAGACUAUGUCGAUAAUAAGACUGUUAGGAAGGACGUUGCUGAAAGUUCUAACGAUGAUUCUGGUUUUGAAACUCAAACGCAUCAAGCUGAAUAUCAUAUAACCGAAGCUGUAACUGAAUGGUUACGCAGAGCAAAUUCGCCAGAUGUAUUUAUAAAGACGUCAGUGAUUAUUUCGGACAGCGAUAGCGUGGAUGAGGAUGAUUUGGACGAAGAGCCGCCAAAAAACUUGAAAGGCAACCCCAUACCUGCACUAUCUUUUAAUAGCAACGCCGACGAUUAUGAUCAAUUGUCGUGCAUGGCUAGCUGCAGCGAAUUCGCAAAGAUUAAUAACAGCAUUGAGAACGAUAAGACAUGCAACAACGAUAUAUCAGCAAUUUCUAAAAGGAAAACAGCAAUGUAUGUUCGAGGUAUUAAGAAAAUGUCAGGAGAGAGAUUCGCUAGGCGUGUUGUAAAUAAAGACGAAAAUAUUUUCAACAAAGUAAUAUUUUCUUCCUCGGAUUCUUGUCAACAACAGGAAAAAGAAGAAGACCACAAACAAGAAGACGAAGAAGAAGAAGAAGAAAAAUUCACCAACAAAUUGAGAAAUAGGAAUCUGCUGAAAAAGAAUGUUGUUGGGAUUUGCGAAUUUACUGAGAAGGAUAGCGUUACGGGUAUGAGGGUUGCUAACAGCUCUCGGAUGAAUUUAAAAAGGAACAACGCGAGACGUGCGAGAAGAAUUGGAAAAAUUCAUAAAAGACCAGCUGAAUGUAUGAACGUUAAGAUACAACGUAUAGAUGUGAGUACUGAGGAUGAAGGAAUUGCAGAAGAUACUAUGAACGUAAGAACUUUUGAGAAAGGAGAAAUAGUUGUCUCGAUAGACGGCAAAUUGCUUCAGAUUUCACCGUUUGCACAGUUCGUACAUUAUGUAGAAAAUGUAUCUAAAAAUAUUAAUCAAACAGAUGAGAUAAAUCUGAAAAAGACAAUAGUUGGUACUAAUAAAAUAGAAAGAAAAGACAUGGAUAAGAAAAACAGUAAUAGUGAUGACGAUGAAAUCGAAAGUACAGUGGCUUCAUUGGUUAGUAUAGAGGAACCUGAUGUAUUAGAAUGUUGGGAAGCAGAAACUAUUGAGCCGAUAAUAACUCCAAAGAGAAUGUUGCAAAGUCAUGGUACAUCUUAUGAAGGAGAAGCCGCGGAAGAAGAUAAUUUUCAAACUGAACCAGCUAUUGUAGAACAUGUACAGAAGUAUUACAGAUUGGCACGUGAAAGUGCUACGAGUAUAGAAGAGGAACCAUACGAAAGCAAAAUAAAUGAGCUCGAUCUUAAGCCAUUUAAUAAAUCCAGAAUGGUGCCAAAUAGUUCUGUUGAAUUGAUCAAAGGUUACCAAGGAGAAGAAAUUCCAAUAAUAAUGCCAAAUGAAAAAGACACGAGUAUUGUGGACGAACUUAAGAUACCUAUCGAAGAAGCUUUCGAAGUAUAUGAAAAUUGCUACAUGGAUAAAUCACCCAAUUCAAUUUUUCAACCAUAUAACAUAUUAAAUCGUCAAGAAAGUGAAAGACCUGUAUCAUGCAGAGCGGUUUAUUGUAGCAUUCAAUAAUAAUCUUAAAUAACUGGAAACACAGUUAUAACUUCGUUAUAAAUAUAAUGUCUUGGAAAAAAAAAAACAAAGAAUAAUGAUAGCUCUAAGGCUGCACAUCUCGAUCAUACUUCUAUGACACUACUUCUUCCACGAAUACUAUAUAUAUCAAUGUAUAUGUUUACAUCAUUGCCUCGAGAGUGGAAGAUCGAAAUUCAUUCAUUAUAUUAUAUAAUCUGUGCAUUAAUAUAUUUUUAUUAUACAACAAAAAUCAUGAUUCAAGAAAUGAUUCGAAUGAAAUGCGACAAACGGAGAUAAAACGUAUACAACUGUUCUUUCUUUUUGUUUUUAUUCUUUUUUUGUAAAUAAUUCUAUACAUUUUUUUUUUCAUCUCGUCAUAUUUCAUAAAUACUUCAGUCGAAUGUUAUGCAUUAUGAAAGAAAGAAAAGAAAAAAAAGAAAAAGGAAAAAAAAAAUAUUAACGUUAACAGUUUUCAAUGAAUUAACGAUUACCACAAUGGUUAGAAACUACUUGCUGCACAUAUUUUUAUUUCUACGAUGACAAAUAUGCAGGUCGUGCAUUUUUUAAGAUCUUGCCAGGAAACAAGAUUAAUUGAAUAAGGUCACAUCAUCUUUAUUUAAUGGAUGGAUAAUGAAAUAUGAUAAAGAAUAAAAAAAAAGAAAGAACGGAGAAGAAAGAAAAGAAAAGGAAAGUAAAAAAUAUGAAAGAAAAAAAAAAAUAAUGGAGACAGGCAAGACGACACAUUGAUUAUUUUUCUUCUUCUUAUUAAAAGAAAAAAAAAAAAAAGUACAUUGUAAGCACGAAACGAAUUAUAUUAUGUCUUAAAAUGACUAAAAGACAUAUUUUUUACAAACUCCGUUUAAUCCACGAAUUUUACAUGAAAAUUAAAUAAUCAACUUCGUGUACCACGUUAAAGGACCUUCGCUUAGGGAAUACCUUAAAUUUGUUAAUGGAAGAUACAAAAAAAAAAAAAAUAUACAAUAGAAACUGUAGAUUAUAUUCGCAAAUUCAUUAUAUUAUCGCUUCAUUCAAUUUCCUAAGCUAGGGGCUUAUAUUAUUAUUAUUAUUAUUAUUAUUAAAUGAAGAAAAAAAAAAAAGAAAAAAAGAGAGAGAGAGAAUAGACAGAAAAGCUCAGAAACAAUUAUUUCUUGUAUGCUUCGAGUAGCGACGUAUGGAUAUUGACAUGAUUAUGGCGUUAUGUUUGGCUAGGUAUAUAUAAUAAUCUAUAGGAAAGACAAAAAUGCAGUAGAUUACGUAGUUUUAUCCUAGCCAUUGAAGAAAAAAAAAAGAAAAAAGAAAAAAAACGAACAACAAAAAAUAAGUAAAAUAUAAAAUGUACAUAAGUUUUUUGCUCAGCAAUGAGCAUGUUAUACUGGUUUAAUCGAAAGAAAUAAAAAGCGAUGAAAGUUACGUUGAAAUAGAUACAUACAUACAGUUGAAACUAUAGAUGCACACUUUGCUUGUAUACGCAUAUGUGUACUUACACAUGCAAGAAGAUAAAAUAUAAAAGAAGCUGUUGUUAUGUCAUAAUUCAUAUAUUAGUUUCAUAUAGCUGGGGAAAAAAAAAAGGGAAAAUACCUCAGGUUGGUACAGAUAUAUAUCUCGAUUGAAAGAGAAAAAGAAAAAAAAGAAAUAGAAAAAGGAAACGUAUGGUUCACUAAUAUCGCAUGUAUCUCAUAUCAUAAUAUACAAACAUACCUCAAAGAAAUGUAUAUAUUUAAAAGCGCUAUUCAUCCAAACAAACAAAACAAACAAACACACA